CUGACGGGUGAAAUGGCACAGAAAGGAGUUCAACUGGAUCGGGAAACCUUCUCUUGUCCGGUCUGUCUGGAUUUACUGAAGGAUCCUGUGACUAUUCCUUGUGGGCAUAACUACUGCAUGAACUGUAUCAAAAGUCACUGGGAUAAUGAGGAUGAGAAGGGAACCUACAGCUGCCCUCAGUGUAGGGAGACCAUCAAACCGAGGCCCAUCCUGGUAAAGAACACCAUGUUAGCAGUUUUAGUAGAGGAGCUGAAGAAGAGCGGACUCCAAGCUGCUCCUCCUGAUCAUUUUUACGCUGGACCUGAAGAUGUGGCCUGUGAUGUCUGCACUGGGAGGAAGCUGAAGGCCUGCAGGUCCUGCCUGGUCUGUCUAGCUUCUUACUGCGAGAAACAUCUCCAACUUCAUUCUGAUCUGGAUCCAUUCAAGAAACACAAGCUGGUGGAGCCCUCCAAGAAGCUCCAGGAGAACGUCUGCUCUCGUCAUGAUGAGGUGAUGAAGAUGUUCUGCCGUACUGAUCAGCAGUCUAUCUGCUAUCUCUGCUCUGUGGAUGAGCAUAAAGGCCACAACACGGUCUCAGCUGCAGCAGAGAGGUCCGAGAGGCAGAAGGAGCUGGAGGUGAGUCGGCAAAGCUUCCAGCAGAGAAUCAAGGACAGAGAGAAAUAUGUGAAGCAGCUUCAACAGGAAGUGGAGGCAAUCAAUCGCUCUGCAGAUGAAGCAGUGGAGGACAGUGAGAAGACCUUCACUGAGCUGAUCAAUCUCAUAGAGAAAAGAAGCUCUAAGGUCAAGCAGCAAGUCAGAUCCCAGCAGGGGAUGGAGGUGAUUCGAGUCAAAAAGCUUCAGGAGACGGUGGAGCAGGAGAUCACUGAGCUGAAGAGGAAAGAUGCUGAGCUUGAGAAACUCUCACGCACGGAGGAUCACACCCAGUUUCUACACAACUACACCUCACUGUCACGACCGAGUGAAUCAACCAACUCGUCCAGCAUCAAUGCCCAUCCUGUGAAGGACUUCAAGGAUAUUCUAGCAGCAGUUUCAGAAGUCAGAGAUAAACUCCAGGCUCUUCUGAGUGAGAAAAGGACAAACAUCUCACAAAAAGUGACUAAAGCUGAUGUUUUAGUAUCACUACCAGAGCCUCAAACCAGAGCUGAGUUCUUAAAAUAUGCAUGUGACAUCACACUGGAUCCAAACACAGCAAAUGUACAGCUGCUUUUAUCUGAGGGGAAUAGAAGAGCAACAUUAACAAAGCAACGGCUGUCUUAUCCAAGUCACCAGGACAGAUUCACUGACUGCUGGCAGGCUUUGAGUAGAGAGGGUCUGACUGGACGGUGUUACUGGGAGGUGACCUGGAGAGGACGUGGAGUUUGUGUAGCAGUCGCAUACAAGAAUAUCAGCAGAACAGGAAGCUGGAAUAAAUGUGGAUUUGGACAAAAUGACACAUCCUGGGCGCUAGAUUGUUACAACAACAAUACCAACUUUUGGUAUAAUAAAGUGAAAACCCCAGUGUCUGUGUAUCCUCUGUGCUCCAGAAUAGGGGUGUACCUGGACCACAGUGCUGGUGUUCUGUCUUUCUACGGCAUCUCCUCAACCAUGACUCUCAUCCACAGAUUCCAGACCACGUUCAACCAGCCGCUCUAUGCUGGGCUUUGGUUAAAUAACUGGCCUUCUGAUGACACUGCUCAGUUCUGUCAGCUGAAAUAG